GGACAUGACGGUUUUUCUCCACUUGUUCCUUAUCUCUGUGGUGCUUCCCCUCAGACAAUUUCAGUCCUGCCCAGAUGAUCAAUGCCGUAUAUUAGCAUUUCCAUCGACUCUGUUCUUUGUGGGAGAACGUCUUGUUAACCACACCAUAACAAACAUUAGUGUGACGGACAGGGACACGUGUGAACAUCGUUGCUACCUGGACUAUAACUGUGUCAGUGUUAACUUUUAUUUUGGAGAAAAGGGAGCAGAAGAACACAACUGCGAACUGAAUAACUCAACGGCUCAAGAGCAUGAUAAAGAUCUGGUGGAAGCAGCGAACUAUGUGUACCAUGGAACUAAGGCAAAGAUAAAUGAAAAGGUCAUUUUAAGAACUUUUGCGCUCAAUGUCCAUGAAAAAACAACGGCACCUGCCAGUCGGGAUUUACAAGAAAACGAUAUCGAUGCUUAUGUGCGUCUGGAUUUACUGGCCACGAUUGUGACGUGGGAUGAACAGGAAGGAACUAAAGCCAGCUCCUUUUCUUGUAAAACUCGUUUUCUUUUUUGA